AUGAGACUUCAAAUUCACUUUGAUGCCUACUGCCAGAGCUUCAUUGGCCAGUACUGUCGUGUGUCAGCCCUGCUGGAGCUGGAGUCAUUCCUGUCCCAGCAGACCUUGAGAGAGGCCUUCUCUGAGUCUGAGCUGCUGGCAGCCAAGCAGAAGCACCAGCAAGUCCAGGAACACAUGCAGCAAAUGGAGGAGGUGUGGAGGGAAGCGCGGUGGAUCAUGGAUGCUCUGCAGUAUGCUCGCUACAAGCAGCCCACCGGAGGCAUCUCUCUAGGCUGGGUCAUCGACUUCUCUAGGGAUGUGGUUCCAGAAAAACCCCGCUCCACCUCCUCGCAGCUUGACUACCUCCCCUCCCCUAUGCCCUCGCCAGAGACCAGCCGUAAGCACAUCUCUGAUUUUCACGGCCUCUCUGAUGAAGAGGGCUCCUCUGAGGUCUUCCUCACCACAGACAGCGACUACGACUCCAGCCGGGCCCAGAGCCCCCGCGAGCUGGACCUGCUCCCCUCCUCGCCCUGCUCCUCGGCGGCUGAGCCGGGGGGCUUCCUCCACGAGAGCGUGGGCGGCGGGGGCGGCGGGGGCGCCCUGAGAGACUCCACCCCCGACGUGCUGCAGGCCUCCGAGCCCCUGCCACCCAUGUUGGGCGAGCGCAGGCGCACGGCAGCGGAGCUUUUCGACAGUGACUUCAUCCUGCCCAGCCGGCAGAUCGAGCUCUUGCGCAUCACGGAGAAGAGGCAGGCCUUCUGCGUGCGCACCAGCAGCCUGGAGUUCCCCUCCUCGCAGCCCUCCGCCUCGCCCUGCACCUCCCCGCACCGCCGCUGGCCCCGGCCGUCCUCCGUGGACCGCUGCUGUCCCGCUGACCGCUGCCCUCACCCGCCCCCUGCCCGCACCCUCUCCGAGGACAGCGGCUCCCAGCGCUACACUGAAACCUCGCCCGGUGCCCCCAGGAAGGGCUGGCACGUCACUCUCAGGGUAUACCCACAGUACCGCACGGGACUGCCUAAGGAGACCAGUGUCAAGCUGCGCGUGACCCAGCGCACCUCGGCCCGAGAGAUGGUCCGCCUGGUUGUGCAGGAGAUGAACGAGGUGUCCCGCCGGCUGCUGAGGAGCCCGGAGCAGUUUGUGUACGGCCAGGAGCAGCUGGAGCACUUUGGACUGGUGCUGGUGCUGGAUGACAAGGAGAAGUGGCUGCAGGACGACUUCCGGCCGCUGGAGCUGCAGAACCCCUGGCUGCGGGGCCGGCUGUGCGUGCGCGUCAAGGAAUACUCUCCCCUGGCCCUGCAGUUCAGCCGCGCCACCACCGUGUGAGGAGGCUGGGGGCGGCCUUCCUGCCGCCUUCCCACAAUCCACCCUGCCCUCGCCGCCACACUUCCAGUACAUAAGGCAACUCCCCGCCCCGGGAGAAUGGGCCAGAAAUGUGUCAGAGUCUUACGGACGGGUCAGAGGGAACUCCUGCGUUCGCCCGCCGCUCUCUCCGCCAGACCCUUACUGGUACUUUCAAUGUGUACCAGACAGACAAGCAUUGUUGCUACCGAGUGCAGUUUGUUUUUUUAAUCUGUCGUUCUGCAUAUGCUGCUGUGAGAUUUACCCUGUUAACCCCUUCCCCCUCAUAUGCUUCCUGAAGACCUUUUCCCUUCUCAUCUGGACACCAAAUGAGCAAAAACAAACUUUUUCACGUAAAAAAAGUUUGGACUGUGAGAAAGGAUGUGAUUUUCUGAGUCAGUGCAAAGAAGACUGAAGUAAUGCUGUUUCUGCAUUGAUAAUAACAUGUGACAACCAUGUGUGCUGUCACAACAACAUGUGACAGCAUGUACAGGACAAGAGGAAGAGCAAAAAUGUAAUUUUUUUAUAGUGUCCUCCUUCAUGAAAUUGGAGUAAAGGCUGGCUGCAGAGACACAGUGUUCUGCACGUCUCCCCAUUGUGCCCUGGAACCUUCCCAAGGAGCAACUGGAUUGGUGUUCGCUGUACGGGCUUGUGUCCUUGCGCUAAUUAAACCUCUCUGUUGUUCACCCUUGAUGAAAGGUGAAGGAUUCUGCUCUGGUUCUCUGAUCAUUUCCUCAACGGGAGAGCCAGCAGGAUUUCACACACACGCGAAACACGUGCAGGACAUGAACUUAGGGAGAGAAAGGUUAAGUGUGUGAAGGUCUUUGCACUCUUUGACCUGCCAAUCUCUCUCCUUCCCGAGUACAGAGAAGACAUGUACAGAGGACUGCCGUUUUCUAAAGGAAGUGUGAAGUUGGUUAAUGUAUCAUUUGUUUCAAAGUACAGAGACUUGAAAGUGACAACAGUUGUUAUUUUGUGUACAAAAAAAUGUACAAAGAGCAAAUAGAACAAAAAAGACAAGCAAUACUCUUCUUCCGUACUCAUUUUACUUUGUACUAUCUUGAGAUUUAGUAAGGAGCUUGUAAUCUUCCAGGACUCUUUGAAGACUUUGACAAUGUACCAUGCAGUACUAAUCGUCAGUCUAGAACAGUG